AUGAGGAAGGACCACAGUGUGAAUCCAGGGUUGCGUGAAUCAGAAAAAGAAGCCUAUCAGUUGAUACAGGAAUGUCUAGGACAGGAGAAUAUGUCCUUGUUCGACAAACUGAAUUUCCUCAGUGCUGUGGAGACUUUGAGUGGUGCUGUGCAUGUCCAGGCAGACAGCAAUAUGAACAACUACUUUCCCAAAAACAUCCUGGCCAGGAAAAUUGAGUCAUUGAUCCUGGAAGAACCCCUAGAGACCUUGGACAACUUCGUGCGUCAGAAAGCAAUGCUCUGCACUGUGGCCUUGAGCCAGCUGAAUCCGUCAUUCUACUUAUCCCAGAAGCUGGACCUGGCCAAUGCUUGCAUCUCCAGGGUGUUCCCUUUGCCACUCAUCAUGCCUAGCUUAGACCGAAAGGAGAGUGCUAGUCUCUACCUCCAGACUGUCCAGGCCUUAGAUGACAUGUUGCAAGCUCUGGUGAUGGACAAUAUGAAGCCUGACAUGCUCAUAUUGCAAAACUUCCUGGAGAUCAUCCUACCUUGGGUAACACAGUCAGACAAAGUGCACGAACAGACCCGGGCCUUGGGCACUAUUUCCCGGUUGCAAAGAUUUAUUUGCAAUUUCCCUGAAGUGUUGCAUAUGACGCUGUUCUCCAUGAGYGGGAAGCUGAUGGGCAUCCUGGGCCUCAUGUGCGUGAACUCCAACCAAGAGAUCAGCAUGGAGGCGUCGGAGGCCUUGCAUUACUUGUUCAAAAUCCUUGUGCUUCAGAGAGGUGUAAAGCAGAAGAUAGAGAUUGUCCUGAGGGAYUUACAGAAGAAUUUCCGUGGGGAGUGGAUGACCAACCUGCAGGACCUCACCUUGUUCUUUAGGAAAUACCUGACUCCCAUGGAGAGAGCUGAUGUGAUCAUGGUGGCCCUGGAGGCUAUGAUCAGCACCAACAGGCAAGACAUCCUCGCAGCCUCCAAGGUGUUAAAGAUGAUCCUGAAGUACAGUAUUCCAGAAAUUGGGAAGGUGUCGGAAAUCAUCGAGUACAUUUACUUCCACAUGUACCACAUCACAGAGUCCACCACCCAAAGCACCAUCAGGAGGAUCCUUUACCUGCUGGUCCAGUCCUACACUGAUGAGGUUAUCCUGACGCUGUUUAAGAUUAUGGAUGAGUCACAAAAAGAGAUACACCAUCCCUGGGAGAUCCUGGCAUCCUUCCCGAAAGGCUACGAGACGAUCAUGGAGUAUCUGCUGCAGAGGCUGAUUCCACUGCAGGCAAAGAACGACCAGGAGCCAAGCAACCCAUCAAGGAUCUCCCCACUGAUUGCCACCAGGGCCAUCUACGAGCUCUUGCAGGAACCCAGUCGGCGGAUGGAGCUGCAUGGCUUCUUCUCCUCCCUGUUCGUGAGGCUGCUCUUCCAGRUCUCCCUUCUGGUGCUUGAAGGAAGUGCUGAAAUGAUCCAGGGUCAGCAGCCUGUAAUYGAAUGUGUGGACCCUGUGAGUUCUACAGUGGAGGCCCUGAAGACCUUGAUGUGCAGUUCUGGGUAUGAGGAACACAUGGAGUWUGUGAACAUAUUUGGGGGUUGGAAUCUGCUGGUGAAUCCCGAGAAACACUAUGAUGGAGUCGCCCUGCURGCCAGGGCCCUGGUGAUCAAGAACUGUUGGCACAACCGCCCCAUCUUCAGCUUCAUCAUCAGGAUCCUCCAGGACACAAACUGCCCCAACCACGUAACAGCCCUUGUGUUCCUGACAGAGCUGCUGCAGUGCCCAGAUGUGGCAGCCAUUGUGGAUGACAUUGCCACCCACAUUCUUGCAAACUGGUUCAAGUGUGAGGAGCUAACCACAGUGAAGCUGUUGCUGCAGGUGACAGAGGUCUUCGCAAAGCACAAGAACUUGGUGAGGCGGCUCUCCAUCCUGCAGCCGCACGUGCUGAGAUGCUGCUACUCCCCCUGCCACUGCAUCGUGGAGGAGACUUUCCUGACGCUGAAUCGCCUCCUGGAGGACCUCACCUGGCAGCACUCCUCUUUCUUCCUGAUUCAGCUGGCCUUCACCCUGAGCUCUUUCCUGGAGGAGGAGCCCGAGGAUCUGCGCCUGAUGGCCUUCCAGGUCUACGGGAAUCUCCUGUCCAAGGUCAAGAAGAGAGACCUUGUCUUCCCCUUGAAGCAGCAGAUGCUCAACUCCAUAGUUCUCCUUGUGCUGCACCUGAAGGAUGUGAAUACUGAUGUGGCUCAGAUCUGCCAACUCUCCCUCUGCCACACAGCCACCUUACUGGGCUGGACAAAGUUGAAAACAGUCUUCACCCAGAGAGAUGUGUUUACCAUUCUCAGGAUCCUGCUGCAACUGGAGGCGAGCAAAGCCAUCUGGUUUCUGAACCAAUGUGUGACUCUCUUCAAGAGCCCACAGGUCUUCGUCCGCCAGGCAGCUGUGUGGUUUGCAGGCCAGAUCAUCCAAACCCUCAACCUGGAAGAGAUGGAUGAAGUUGAGGAUGCAUAUACAGCCCUGAGGCACAUGCAGAAGGACCCCGACCCCGUGGUCAGCUGCCUCACCACACAGACCCUCUACGUCCUGGAAGCCCAGAAGAAGGUGCUGCAGGCCAAGACCACCACUUCCUGCUUCUGCAGGAGGAGGCCCCGGAGGAGGUCUUUUGAGCCUGUGUCACUCACUAGGUUCCUAAAACUGUGA